AUGGCGGCGGCCGCGCUGAGGGACCCGGCUCUGGGCUGCGUGACCUUCGAGGAUGUGGCUGUCUACUUCUCCCAGGAGGAGUGGAGACUACUCAACGAAGCUGAGAGGCUGCUAUACCGUAGUGUGAUGCUGGAGAAUUUUUCACUUAUGGCCUCUCUAGGUUGUUGGCAUGGAGCAGAGGCUGAAGAGGCACCUGAGCAGAGUGCUUCUGUAAAAGGGGUGCUCAUUUCAAAUGUUCACCAAUCUCAAAAGCUGCACUGUGGAGAGAAACUCUUAGAAGAGAACAGAGUCCCAGUUUUGAGGGGCUUCAGAGUCCACCUGUCAGAGAAACCCUUGCAAAACAAGGAGGGUGAGAAGGACUUUCCAACCAACUUGGGUCUUCUCAAACACCAGGUGACUCAGAAUGGAGAAGAGUCACAUAGGAGCCCCCAAAGUGGGGAGGCGUUUCAUGCUGGUAAAAGGCAUUACAAGUGCAGUGAAUGUGGGAAAGCCUUUGGUCAGAAAUAUUUACUUGUUCAGCACCAGAGACUACACACUGGAGAAAAGCCUUAUGAAUGCAGUGAAUGUGGCAAAUUAUUUAGCCAUAAAUCUAACCUUUUUAUACACCAAAUAGUUCACACUGGAGAAAGGCCUUAUGGGUGUAGUGAAUGUGGAAAAUCCUUUAGCCGUAAUGCUGACCUCAUUCAACACCGGAGAGUUCACACUGGAGAAAAGCCUUUUACAUGCAGUGAAUGUGGAAAAGCUUUUAGGCAUAAUUCCACACUUGUUCAACAUCACAGAAUCCACACUGGAGUAAGGCCUUAUGAGUGCAGUGAAUGUGGGAAAUUGUUUAGCUUCAACUCCAGCCUCAUGAAACAUCAGAGAGUUCACACUGGAGAAAGACCUUAUAAGUGUAGUGAAUGUGGAAAAUUCUAUAGCCACAAAUCCAGCCUUAUUAAUCACUGGCGAGUUCACACUGGAGAAAGACCUUACGAGUGCAGUGAAUGUGGGAAGUUUUUUAGCCAAAGCUCUAGCCUCAUGCAACACCGAAAGGUUCACACUGGAGAAAAGCCUUUUAAGUGCAAUGAAUGUGGAAGAUUCUUUAGUGAGAAUUCCAGCCUCAUUAAACAUCAGAGGGUUCACACUGGAGCAAGGCCUUAUGAGUGCAGGGAAUGUGGGAAAUUUUUUCGCCACAGCUCCAGUCUUGUUAAACAUCGGAGGAUUCACACUGGAGAAAUGCCUUAUGAGUGCAGUGAUUGUGGAAAAUCCUUUAGUCAGCGUUUCAAGCUCAUUCAACACCAGAAAGUUCACAGUGGAGAAAGGUCUUGAAUACAGCAAAUAUGAGAAAAUCUUUAGCCACACUUCCAACCUCACUCGACACUGAAGAGUUCACAGAGUGGAAAAGCCUUAUGAAUGCAGCAGUAUGGAAGAAUACUUCAGCCUAAGAUCUAACCUUGUUCAGCAUUAGAAAGUUCAGACUGGAGAAAGGCCUUAGGAGUGCAGGGUGUUUUUCUACUGGUGUAGACUGACUUUUGAGUUGGGGGCCUCACUGUUGCUCAGGCUAAAGUGUGGUGGCACAAUCAUGGCUCACUGCAUCCUCAAUCUCCUGGGCUC